AUAAAACCCACCUAGAUACAAACCCAGAAGAAGGGCAGGGAAUAUUACAUCCAUGGCUGGGCUGCAGAGGUCUUCACGGACAUUCAGGAGGUCAGGAUCAUCAGGCAUGGUCUGGGGCGAGAGGCUCAUGUCGGAUGAGCAUAGCCAGUGGACCUCGGGGGAACCAGAGUUCAGGGAGCUACGGCACUCCCGCAGCGUUGGGUCCGUCGGGGCGCAGCGCAGGCGCAACGAUGGCACCGAGCGUGGCGGCCAGGCGUUCCGGACACGGCGUGUAGCCCCGGCCAUGGAUCCACCGUCGCCCAAGGUUCCUGGCUGCAUCUUCUGUGGGAUUUUCAGGAAGACAGCACCUUCACAGCCAUCUAAGGCCAGAAGGUACCACUAGAGUGAUCUGUGUAUUUAUCGACCGUAUGUGUGACUGGGUUACCUGGUUCUGGAGCUUGUGAAGUUCAGGUCCAUUGAGUAUAUACAUGCUACUCCCUCCGUUCCAUAUUAAGUGUCACUGAUUUAGUACAACACUUGAUUCUUCAGCUGCCCACCUCUGUGCUUGUAUCUGUACCUGGUAUCCCCAGUUUUAUUUUCUGCUCUUUAGUUGUAAUUUCCUGGCUGGUUGAUGGCUUUGUUAAUUCAAAGCCGGGCUCUGUCUCAAGCCUUCGUUCUAAAAUAGUACAACACUUGAUAUGGAAUUGAGGGAGUAGUACUCAGUGAUACGCUCGUAUAGUUGCAUGCAGUUUGGAUAAGUUUGAGCAUAUCUGUUUAUUAAGGUGUUAUGCAUAUUUUUGCUGAUUUCUCUACCACUUGAUAGUUUGCUGAUGCAACUGCUUUCUUGAGUGACCGCCUCGUCUAGCUUUGUGCGCAUGAUAGAAAUUGUGCAUGUCGGCUGCAGCACAUAUCUUGUAUAAGCCACUGUACAUGAACAUGAUGUUUUCAUUUGGUUCUGUAUCUGGAUCGUCUAAAGGUGACUAUAUUUGUAAAUGUUGUCCGUGUA